CUGAUUCAAAGCGUGACAAUAAAUAUCGUAGGCUUCAUAACAUGCAGCCUUUUUUUUUUUAAACACUUGACAUGGUGUUGAUUCCUAGAUAAUGUCUGAAGCGGCUUUUGAGGAAGUUUCCGUGUUAUCGUCCAUUUACUGCGGAGGAGGAGAGUUCCAGCUCGUCCAGCAGUCCGCUCAGGGUGGGCUCAUGGUCCAGAUCAACAGCACCGUUGGAGGAGAAAGAGGGCCGGACGUGAGACUGUUGUUCCAUCUGCACCCCCGCUACCCUUCCUGUCCCCCCGCCAUCUCCGUCUCCUCCACUGGUCUUUCCAGGAGUCAGUGUCUCAACAUCAGACAGAAGCUGCUGGAUCAAGCUGCAGCUUUACCUCCAGAACCGAUGGUCCAUCAGCUAGUGGAGUGGCUGCAGCAGUGUGUGGAGGUGACGGAGAACUGCAGAGUCAACAAGGAUGAGGCGGAGGAGGUGAGAGAGAGAGAAAAGGAGGAGGAGUGGACGGCGGUGCUGUCGUUGGACCACAUCCGAUCUCAGAAUCGCUACACCAGUCUGCUGCAGCGCUGGACCCAGCAGCUGCAGCUCGCUGGGAGGUUACUACUGGGACGAAGUAUACUGGUGAUUCUGCAGGGAGCCAGACCCAACAUCAAGGAGUUUUGUCGCCUUUUGAGAACGGUGAAGGUGGAUGUGGAUUCUUCAGGCAAGAAAUGCAAAGAGAGGAUGAUGAAGGUUCUCACUGAAAGCCCGACGUCUUCCUCCGGUGGACAUGGGCUCCAGGGUUUCGUCGUGAUGAACUACAAGUCACUCCCACAGCUGGCUGCAGCCUUCCAGGAAAUCAACAUGACUGGUCUCUACCAGCAGAUACGGCCGUCACUAAGUGGCUGACUGACACACAUUGGCCGAGGGCGUCUGCGGCCCGGUGGACUUCAAGCAGAGGCCCAAUCCCGGCUCUGCUAGUCCAUGUCUGUUAACUUGGGUAUGGCUGCUGCUCGUGUUCAUUUUCUACUUGGAGACAAUCUAUCUACCUUGACUUCACAAAGAAGAAGAAGAAGAAGAUCUGAAAAUGAAUGUUCAAGUAAAAUAAAAUGAUCAGUAUCACUGCCUGUUCCCCUCUGUGAAUCUUCUCUUGUCUUUCCUGCCAAAAUAAAUUAAAAAUAGUUUACUAAAUGGAUAUACACCUGCUUUAUUUCAAACAUAUAUAUAUAUAAUUCAGGCACGUGCACAGAUAGAGCCCUAGUGGUGCUCAAGCUCCUCCCCUUUUGCCCUGUAUGAGGAAAGUGCCCUUUUGGCUGCAGACAAAUUGUUUUCAUUCAUCAGUAUUUAAGAAUAAAAGUUACACUCUCGGUCAUCAAGUCCCCCCCAAAUGUGUUUUGAUAUCCGACGGGGCAUUUAUUUGAGUUCUUGUGAGAAUUUCUCCCCGACAUGCUCCGCGGCGCUCACGAGCCCCCCCUCCUCCUCCUCCACUUCCUCCUCCGCGCAGUGCUCCUCGCGCCACCAGACGGGUGCACCUCCUUCUCCUCUGACCCGCAGCACCAGACAAACAGGUCAUGACGGUGUUUGUCCCCUGACGUUGUUUUGUGAUAAAUCAACCACAACAUUAGCGCUGCUGAAAACAUGACGUCACUCCUGGUCCGACGUUUCCUAAAAAAAAUUAAACAAAAACUCAGGAAAUCCGUGAUUUCAACGCCUUGUCCAGCUGUUUACUGACGUUAGUUAUGUUUAGAGAAUAGAGAGAGGGAGAAUUCUUAUUCCGUUCUAUUUAACGGGAUUUUCGUGGCCAGACUGAAAAAAAAAUCAUAAGGCCUCUGGUAUUGUUCAGAGGGCCGGGCCAAAUGUGGAGGCAGGCCGUAUUCGGCCCGCGGGCCUUAGUUUGAGGACCACUGCUCUUGGCUGUUGUCUAUCAAUAUCGCUCAUUUUGAAAAUGACGUAAGAGGGUCAUACGGAUCUGUAUCAGACCAGGAGGGCAAUACGUGGCUGGCAUGACGACCCAUUAGCCAAUCAGAACGCUUGUACUGUUGUUGCUAUAUAAUAAUUUAUCUUUAUUCAUAAAGAAAAUGAAAGCUAGCGGUCUGAUGCUGCCAGAGGAGACGCAGGUCGAGGAUGUAUUGCAUCAUCAGUGUAAUGCUGCUGACGCUUCAACUCUGUCAGAAUUUUAUUUUGGCAUUGGGUGCCCUUUUUUUUUGGUUUGAGCACCUGCCCCCCAAAAUGUCUGCACGUGCCUGCUUAUAUAUAUAAAAAAAGACAGUUGAACGGGGAGCGGAGCAAGGCAACAACAACAAAAAGAGCAGAUCUAUUGCUUCUGUCCAUCCUGGAGAGGGAUCCUCCUCUGUUGCUCUCCUGAAGGUGUCUUCCCUUUUUUCCCUGUGAAAGGUUUUUUUUCUAUUUCUUGGGAAUUUUUCCUGAUCUAAUGUGAGGUCAAAGGUCAGGGAUGUUGUAUGUGUACAGAUUGUAAAGCCCUCUGAGGCAAAUUUGUAAUGUGUGAUAUUGGGCUGAAUUAAACUGACUUUAAUUGA